AUGGACGAGAUGGGCAUUGACCGCAAGAUCGUCAUCCUCGGGUGCACGGACACGGGCAAGACGUCGCUGACGAUCCGGUACUGCCACAACAACUUUGCGACGCCGACGGCCGCGACCAUCGGCGCGUCCUUCCUCCAGAAGCGCAUUCUCGUCGACCGGCAGAAAAUGACGCUGCAGAUUUGGGACACGGCCGGCCAAGAGCGCUUCAAGUCGAUGGCCUCCAUGUACUACCGCAACGCCAAGGCCGCGAUCCUCGUGUUUGACGUGACAAAGGAAGACACGUUUGACAAGGUCAAGGAGUGGCUGAGCGAGCUGCGAAAACACGUCGACAGCGACAUUGUGCUGGCGCUUGUCGGCAACAAGUGCGACCUCCCGACAAACUUUAACUUUGGCCUCGCCGAGACGUACGCGCGCGAGAUUGGCGCGACGGCCCACCGCACGAGCGCGCAGUCGGGCCACGGCGUGACCGAGAUGUUUGAGACAGUCUCGCGCGGCCUCUUGGCGCAGUAUUUGGACAACGAGCAGAAGGCGACGACGCCCCAAGCGCGGACAGACCCGCUCGAUAAGAUUAGCGUCGUGCCACCGCCGCCGAAACCCAAGCAGCGGUCGUGUCCGGGCUGCUAG